CCUCUCAAACUUACCUAGAAACACACUUCAACACGCCUUCUUCAUUAAAGCAGUGAUAAAAAAUAAAAAUAAAAACCAUUAUAACCAUGGGAAAUUGCUUGGUUAUGCAAGAAAAGCUUAUUAUCAAAGUCAUGAAAACAGAUGGAAAAGUGCUUGAAUACAAAGCACCACUGAAAGCUCAUCAAGUGUUGUCAGAUUUUGCUGGCCAUGCAAUAUCUGACACGCUCCCAGUCCUCCGGCAUCUCCGCCCGGACGACAACAUGGCCGGCGGUCACUUGUACUACCUCCUCCCUCUCCCAUCACCACCGCCGGCGGUGACUGAGAAGAAAAGGGUCAGAUUUGCAAAUCCAGAAGUAGAAGUUGGCCAAGAAAGUGGUGUUGUGAGGAUUAAGUUGGUUAUUAGUAAGCAAGAGCUUGAAGUGAUGUUGAGAAAAGGAGGGUUUUCAAUUGAUGAGAUGGUUUAUGAUCAACUUAAGAGGAAACAAAUUAGUUUGGAUGAUCAGAAAGAUCAUGAGUUUGAUGAUCAUGUUGUUGAUGAUGAUGAUCAUGACGAUGGAUGGAAGCCUGUGUUGGAAAGCAUACCUGAAGUAAACUAGUUUUUUAUGGUUGUGUUGUCUCUUUUUGUUUUUGUUUGAGGCCAUGAAAGAUAGGUUAAGUAUGUUAUUUUGUUGUGUUUCUUUGUUCUAAAACAUUCAUGGUCAAUAGAUCAUGUGAACAUAACUCGGUUGUGAAUAUUUUAGAACAAAGAUAUAAAAAUUUAAAAUAGAAGAUCUCGUGUGUCCGAAAGAUAAUAUAAUAUUUAGUGAGGUCAUAAAAGAUGUUGCAAGAAUACAAUUUCUAAUGAAAGAGGGCUUUAAAUAUACAAUUUUUGUUUA